CAGCUGUUGGAGCUCAGGAAUGUCUGGUCAGGCAGGGGGAGAGACAGCCCCCUUCGCCACCACCCAAGCAUUUCCACCCAGUUACAGAAUAACCCACCGGGCCAAGGCGCCAUGGAAACCCACCUCAUUAAGACAAACCGGAGAAAUAAAAAGCGAGGAUAGGGGCAUACACCUGCCAGUUUGUACAUCAACUUUACCAUAGUUUGCAGGUUGAAAGAGCAGAGAAGGCAAACAAUAACAGGUCUGAUCUUGGUUCGUUCGAAAGCAAGUGGAUGACUCAUGUGGGCCAAUUCACGCUGUGGAUUUUAAUGUCAGAGACUUAACCAGGAUCAGUCAACGACGCUGAAGGUAAGAUAAAUAGGGGCCGAAAGCUUGGGGCCCUGGAUUACAACCCCAGAACUUUGACUUUAGUUUGGAAUCUACUGGACCUAUUUUUCCACUUUAAGGAUCAAUAUACUCUAAUCAAGUCUGUUGCUCUUUUACAGUGUAACAUCAACAAACAUUUAAAGUUUGCAAGUGUACAUAAAUUCUUCUAGCACAGUGCAACAGGUAUUCAGUGGCUGUCCCACUGAAGACAUUAAGAACAUUUUCAAGGGAUUUUAAAAAAUGGGGACCACCAACUCUAGACUAAAGAUUUGCCAAGUGGCACCGUCUCAGAGUCAGCUGGGGGAGGAACAUUCUUCAUGUCAACCAGCCUCACCGUGGAUGAUCACCACUAUACAAGGUUCAGCAGAAUGCCAGCAGGGAAUUCUGGGACAUGGGCAGACCAGCCAACUGCCACCACUAAAGAAGCACAUACCUCAUAUUGUUCAUUCACUACCAGGCUCACAGAAUCUAUGUAGUAAAACAGGCCACAGCAUCAUAAAGUCCCAUCCACCACGACAAAAGGUCUGAACUCAGCAUGUGUCUCAGUAUGGAAACACAAGGACAGCAUCCAUCCAACCAGUUUUGAUGUUGGCAGUAAUGAUACAUAUUUCCCUCAUACUCACAGGCAUGGCAACCAGUAACACCCCUUAUGGAGCCCUCCAUGGCUUCUGAUGAGCGUGUUUCCAUGGCCAAAGGUUGGAGAGAUGGGCUUGUCCACCAAUAUUCCACCCCCAACCAGAGAGGGCGCUGUUGCGCAGGCAGCAGCCAACAGAGGAACACCGAAGGGUUCCUGCCAGCACAGACAGUGCUCAAUUACAACACGACCAAGAAACAUCGAGCCCAGCAGAGGCACUUUAGAGAGAAGCGGCGAGAACAGCAGAGAGUUUACACCUCUAGUAUUAGAGGGACUAAUGAUGAGGAAAUUCAAAGUUUUCGACUAGUCUCCAGGCCAACACAGAGAGACAUCUUCUGGGAUGAGACAAAGGGACAGUGUCUGGACCUCAGGGAGCUCCUGCAGCCAACUCCUCCACCAACAGAUCCACACUUAACAGAUGAAAUGAAAAGACCACUACAUCCAGAUAAUGAAUCCAAGUUUGGGGCCAAAGGCAGAACGGAUAAUGGUCUGGCACAGGGAACGCAGGGGGGUUUCUCCUGGGACAUGAAUGUAAGAACAACAAACCCUGUGAGAGGUCAGAUAAAUCCUCUGCCAGGAUCAGACUACACAACUUGGCAGGAAAACUUACCCUGGCUUCAAGACUUCAGGACACAAGAGAAAAAACAUGUAAACUCUCACAAUGUUCUAGAGGAAGGGUGGGGACGUAAACAGUGGCUAGUGACCUCAAGUAGAGGACUCAGAUGGGGAGAGGGGGAGAUGGGUGUGGAUACCGAUGGUUAUGUAAAUCCAGCUCAGAAACGGAACAGCUGAGGCCAAACAGACAAGAUAAACACUGAUAUGGAUUUACAGAAAUGUAUAAAUGAACAUAUAUAAUCUUGCAGGGUUCGAAUAUUUUCUUUGUCCUAUUUUGGAUUAAAUGCAUUCGUUAAUUUUGACCUGCUCAACUUGCAUGACACUUAAAAUUUAUAUGUUUAAUCAUGGAAGAAUCAUAUUGUUAUGGUAUUAAACUACCCAUCUAUAAUGUGUCAUAUAAUUGUGCACAAUUUGUAGUUUAGACAGAUUCUUCUUGAACAUACUUUUAACUAUCCUUGAAACAUAGGAUGGCAAAUGAAUGUGAACCAUGUGAAUGUGAACAACACUUUGAGUGUUGUUACAUCAGUGAUGUAUGAAUCAGUGAUGGAUCAAGUGUAUCAUCAUUCAUACACUUGAUCACUGAACUCUGAAUAAUAGAUUAUAGAAUACUUAAUCUAUCAUGACCAAAGUUAAAUAUGAUUAAUCAAUCAGUAAACAUCUUUGUAAAUAUUCAUGCUG